GAGCAGCACAAUAAAGGUUUUCCAACAAUUCUGUAUCUCAUCUUCCCAAGCAAAGUGUGCAAAAAAAAAAACGUGAACGUUUUUAAUUUAUUUUAAUUUUUACAUACAACAAACAUAUACACAACCACAAACAACAACAUUAAAUCUGCGUGUGGUAAUUAAGUUUGUGCUAUUCGUUGUUUUUGUUUUAUUUGUUUAAUCAUCGCACUCGGCGGUUGCGUUUUGAUGCCGAUGUAAUUUCCCACACUCACAGAUUAGUGGCUCUCUUCGUAGUGUUAUCGAAUUUUUCUCAGCCCUCAAUCAUUAUUCGUUUGUGUGCCUACAUUGGUUAAAACUGUAUGACAUUACUUGGGCCUAGCGCCCCUGGUAUGGCCUUUAUGAUGAAAAAGAAAAAGUAUAAGUUCAAUGUUGAGGUGCAAUUGCAAGAGCUCUCCGAGGUGGCGCUUGUGAAUGAGGUGCUGUUCGCAAAGAUACGAUUGCUGGAUGGUGGCUCGUUUCAGGAGUACAGCAGCAGAGAGGAGGUACGCGAUCAUCGUGUAGUAUGGAAUCGCAACUUCGAAUUUCCCUGCAAAAUGUCCGCCAAUGCGUCUACGGGUGUAUUGGAUCCGUGCUACUUGCGCAUCUCCAUACGCAAGGAGAUGAAGGGUGGACGUAGUUAUUUUAAGUUAGGUUUUAUCGAUAUAAAUCUUGCCGAAUUCGCCGGCGCCGGACUAACAUCCCGACGCUUUCUGCUCGAAGGCUAUGAUUCACGCCAUCGUCUGGACAAUUCCAUGCUGUUGGUGUCCAUCAAAAUGCACAUGCUCAGUGGUGAUAUACUCUUCAAGGCACCCACACCAAAUUUGAAGAACAAGCAGAAACCCUCUACAGAUGAUUUGGCCACAGCGUCUACCGGCGUCGGACUGCAAACGCCCACUGCAACGGCGCUGCCAACCAUUGGCAGCGGUGUAGGCAGUGGGGCGUCCAGUGUCAGCGGUGGCAGUCAGGGCAUACCGGUUGGUAGCGGGGCAACACUAGGCGGUGGGUUAAACAGCGCGACUAGCACGCGACCCGUAUCCACAGUGCGAGAUGAUGAUUUGGACCCACAAGUAGUGAUCGCUUCAAUUGUGACAGACUCUGGCUUGUCGGAAUCUUCCGAAUCGGCCACCACACUUACCACAGAAGCAUUGUUUUUGCAACAACAACAACAACAACAACAGCAGCAGCAGUAUGGCGCCUAUCCACCUCAAAAUUCGUUAGGUUCAACAACAACAACAACUACCGUCGUGACACUGACGAAUGCACAACAAAUGCAGCCCUAUGGUGGCAUUGGUGGCACCGGCGGUAGUGGUGGCGGCGGUGGCGGCAGUGGUGGUGUUGGUAAUGGCGCAGCUGGUAGCAGCGUGGGGGGUAUACUGGGUAUUGUGGGUAGCAGCAAUUGUGGCACGACCAGCGCUAAUGUGAUGGGAAGCGUUGGUGGUGCUGGUGGGGGCUUGGGAGGCACUACUGGAACAUCGUCGAUUAUGGAAAUGGGCCACUCGCGUAAUUCCAGCAACACUAGUCAAAUGUCGAAGGGUUCGGGUUAUAGCAGUUUUUCGCACAGUCAACAUUCGCGGCAAAGUUCUGAAGGCGAUUCAGGGCAUGCAAGAUUCAGCAAAUCCGUUUCUCUCCUUAAUAGACUCAAUCAGAAAGCCGCCAACGCCAUGAAGCUAAAUAUACCUUCGUUGAACCAUCAAAAGCCAACAACGGAUACGAUCUGCGAGUAUGAAAGCGAAGAGUUGCUCUUCCAAACGCCCAAUUCUACCAUACGCGAUGAGGAUUUCCGUACGCCACUCAAUGAAAUGCCACCAACUUCAUCCGCUUGUUCGCUCUCCAUUUACAGCGAAAAGUUUGCACUGAACACACCUUCGCCCACGUAUCGCAGCGCCGCUAGUAACAGCCGCAGCGAUUCGCGUGCUUCUCAGAUCUAUGAAAGUGGCAGCGGUAGUGGCAGUGGCAGCGGCAGUGGUAGUGGUAGCGGCAGCGGCGAAUCUUGUUCGGAGGAGACAGCCGACGACUCGGGUUUGGAUGAAAAUUUUCAUACGCCACGCGUUGCCAAAAUCAAAUCGAUGGAAAAUAUUUCCAUUAUCGAAAUGGAGUUCCAUCGCGCCUCCCUCGAGUUGGAUCGUAAUUCACCGCGUCGCCUCAAAAUGUUGGCUGAGCGCGCGCAAAUACCAAAAAUAAAAUCGCUUAACAAUUUAUGUUUGGACGAUUAUAGCGAGCAGCAGGUGCGUGAAGAAUUGUUGCGCAUGCGCGAACGCUCGCUAGAGGAGAAGCAUCGCUUUAAUUUGCAACAACGCAAGAAUUCCACCUCGUCAACAAGUUCCGGCAAGUUGUUUGUGAAGAACAAAGUGGGUAAUGCCAAAUUCAUUGGCAACGACGAAAGCCCACUGCCGCAGCAGCAACACAAUCAACAGCCGCCGUCAUUUAUGCAACGCGGUCCUCACUAUCCGAUACAGAAGAUGCGUUCCAUGGGCACCAUACCGGAUGUGGUGACCGAACGUGUCGAACCGGAUCCUUUUCUCACGCCGACUUCGGGACGUAAGCCAAACUUUCCGCUGGUGACACAGUCGGCUGAGAAACCUUCACCUCCCUCGUUUGUUGCGCGCUUGCUGAACUACGAUAUGGUGGACUCGUCGUCAUCGACGUCUGGUACGCCGAAUAGCCAUAAUCAAAUGUUACCACAACAUCACACACAUGGCUCGCUAACUGAAAUCUAUUCGCAUGAUCGUGUUAGUCAAUUGUUGUCGAACGAUCAAAAUGCUGCGGCAAUGUCGUUCAUGUCGCGUACACCUUUCGAGCGCGCCUAUCGACGCACCAUGUUGAAGAGUUCGACGCCGCUGCGCCAAACGCUCGGCUAUGUGCAGUACACAACGCCGCAGGAGCAAGGGAUACAGCUGCGCCUGGAUGGACAUCAGCAGCUGCAGCAGCAUCAGCAAUUCGCAAUGGGCCAUCCGGAUACGCUUAUGGUGCGUCCACACUCAACGAAUGCCGCCUACGAGUUAAUGAGGAAUCCCAGUUCCGGUUCGAUAGUCAUAAGUGAAACAGGAUCUCUAGAUCGUAUGAAAAACGCGGCCGAGAAGCGUAAAAAAGGGCCGCUGGAUGAUGGGCCACGCGUUUCAGAUCGUGUCGAAGUGACGCGCGUCAAUCCCAAUUCGCUAAUUGAUGAAAUUUUGAAGGAUACCAAAUUGGAUCAAUUAGCCGAAUCGGCGGAGACAUCUGGUCUGCAAUUGUAUAUUGCACGCGACGGCACCGCAUCACUGGGUAGUCACGAGGUGAAAGCGCGCGUACCGACCGGCGCUUUCAAGCAGGUGGUCAUGAAGAAUCCAAGAUAGUAGCGUAAAUCGUAAAAGUGUAAGAAGAAGAAGAAGAGGAACAGGAAGCAAGAAGACUACAAACUACAUAACUACUACAUGCAUAUAAAAAUACGAGUACAUGCAACAACAACAAAGCUACCGCAGCAAAUACAUAGAAAUCUAGUAGAACAGCUACCACAGCAACAGCAGCAGCCGUAGCAGCAAUAGCAGCAACUACAAAAUGGAGAAAACCAAUAAUUAAUAAAAUGCAAAACUAAUAAUAAUUAAAAAAAAAGAAUAUUUGUAGAAGAAAAUAAUAAUAAUAAUAAUCUAAAUGCUAAAGCUAAA